AGCUCUCAGCAGACCGCUUAUAUUCCUCUGCGUCACAGCUGGGUAGGCUGCAUUUCGUCGCUAAGGAGUUUGGUUGGGCACGCGCAGGCAGGAGGAACUUGCUGUUCGUCCAGUUGGCAAACUGACGAAGUUGUCUUCGGAAACUUGAAGGCUCAAAACAAAACCACUAUGACUUCGACGAACAUGUACCAAGGGUUGGAGGCUGGGUCAAAACCAAGCUCAAGGGUGUUGCAGCCUCCUGGAGGUGGCUCCAGUAACCUGUUUGGUGGCUACGAAGAUGAUGCAGCAUCAAGAAGACCCAAUAAGAUGGCCUCUAAAGUUUUUGCUCCACCAGAGGAACCCCAGAGUGUACCAAGACGCUCUAAUCCUCCAGGUGGGAAGAGUAGCGGAAUAUUUGGGGAACCUGAACCUGCAGCUCAACCACAGAGACCCAUACCUCCAGGUGGACAUACCAGCAACAUAUUUGGGGCUGGAGAAAGUGCGCCUGUCCAAAGCCAAAACCGAAGCCACCCAAAUAAGCCAAAGGACAAUCUAAGUGUGGGACCUGAACCUGAAUCACCAGCACCUGAGGCCAAGGUCAGCCAGCCUGAGGUGAAGGAGGAAACAGUCUCCCCAGCUGUUGUGCCAGCCAAGGAGGAGCCUGCUGCUCCUGCUGCUCCUGCUGCUCCUGCUCCUGCUGCUCCUGCUCCUGCUCCUGCUCCUGCUUCUGCUCCUCCUGCUGCUGCUGCAGCUGUCCCUGCCUCUCCAGAGCCUGAGCCCUCUUCUUCCUCACUUCCUGAUGAGACUUUGCUGAAGAACCAUGAGCCUCACCUGGGACCCAGGCAUCGCUCUCACAACAAGGUCCUCAACCCCCCUGGAGGAAAGUCUAGCGUGGUAUUCUACUGAUCAGCUGAACACACCACUCCUCCCUGUUCUUUGUCUGCUCUCCUGUUAAUCUUCUCUCAUUCCAACACCCCUCCCUCCCUCCCCCCACGGUUACUUCACAUGUACAACUAAACAAAGAUUAGGAAUUUUUGUUCUUGACACCAGUUUUCUGGUCUAAUAUGUUGUCCUCAACUUCUUGCACUUUCAGCCCGUUUCUGAUUCUGCUCUCUGCCUCAUUCUUCCUAUACCUUGAAACCUGCAAUCAUACAAUCACAAACCGUUCAAUCAACAGGUUAACUAUUAUUCACUCACUUCUUGUUCAAUCUCAAUAGUGCAGUUACUGUUUUCACUGUUUCUGUGUUUUUGCAUGUGUAAAUGUAGUUGAAGGCACAAUUAUUUUUCAUUCUGACAACAUUUUUGCAUCUCAAGAGUUGUUUAGAUAUCAGAAGAAGACUGCUUGUGGUGUUUUUAGCUUUAAACGGUCCUGGAUUCAAAUGAUAUCAUGUAACCAUUAUCAAAGGUAAAUUCUUUGCAGACAAUUGCUUAAAUUUCCAGAUGCCUAUUUUAAACCUUGAUGUGUGGGCUUUCAGUCAGGAGGGGGUGAACAGAUGUUCUCACCAAUGUAAAAUGUUUCAGGGAGUUCCACUAGUGCCACCUUUUUUUUUUUUUUUUUUCUUUUUUCUUUUUUUUUAAAACGCUACCAGAUCCUUAUGUGAUGACUACAUAAAACCUUUUGUUUGGCGAUUUUUCAAAGUUACAACGCAUUAGACAACAACGAAUGACUGUACAAUCAGAAGCCUUAUCAGCUGAGCAUUCUCUCUUGCCUUCCCAUCAAUUGUCACUUAAUUUUGUUCCCUCUCAUCUCAACAUGUGUCUCAAAUAAUCUGAUGUCAGAGCGCAAACUCUGUUCAAAGAGAGACGCCAAAAAUUGAAAUUGAAACAAAGAUGAAUGCAAGUGUUUACUCCCAAAUGUUUCUGCUUCCUCAAAGAUAUUGAUUCCAUUUUGAUUUUAUGCGAAUGUAUUGUGCAGGUACUUUUCUGCUUUGUCCUCAUUGCUUGCUUUAUCUAAGAACAUGCCUUUAAUUUGCCUGGGGUAGGCCUCUGUUUAUGUUUUAAAUUAAAACGGCUGAUGACAAGUGACCUCUGGACAAGCACGUGGCCUACCUGAGUCCAGGUGGGCUCAUUAAUAAUCACCUCUCCACCCACUUCAUGACGUACAUUCAUGGUAUUCUGGUGCCAGCCUGUCCCCUGUGUGUUGAUGUGCCUGGCAGGCAAUGAGCGCAGCAGAAGAAAGAAAUCCUGUGUAUUGCAAUAAAAACUGUUGUUUUGCAUUUGGAGUUUGUUAUUUCAAUGUUUUUUGGAAAAUAAACAAAAUGAACAUUCA